CGGUGUGCUUAUCACUGAGAUCAGAGAACUGACAUCCACGUUGGGGUUCAUUUUCAAUGCAACUGAAUAUGUGGCUCAUCUUGGUUCUUCUCAGCUUUGCCACCUCUACCCACUGCCAAUCUCACCCCCCACUCACCUACGCCUGCCAAACUGCCAAGAAACCACAAUGCGAUCAACUCCAUUUUGUCCCCGGGCACAAUCUUCUUGGUCAAGGCUUUGAUAUUGUGACCAUGAAGCAGACCAGGGCUCACCUGCUGGAUCUCCAGACAUUUUCUACACAGAACAACACCUGCACUGUCUGUCGCAACCCAUAUAUGAACAAGGCUUGGCAAAAGGUGCCCCUUGCAAUGGUGGACUGGAGGCCCCAGGCAUCCUGCUCUCGGAAGAUCAGCAGUGAGGUCUCCCGAUCUUCUGCAUCUCUGGCUGAGGAUUCUACAUCUGAUGUGAAGAAUGACUGGGAAGCUGGUCUAGAGGUCACCCAUCCUGGGGUGACCGGCAAACUGGUAACUGGUGGUUCUCAUUCCGAAGUAGCAAAGUUUGGUGAGAGUAAGACCAGCACAGACCGUUACAGCUUCAUCAAGCACCAUAUGAGUUGUGUCUAUUACAGCUUCCGACUUUCAGACCUCUCUCCGCUGAGCAAAGAUCUAAAACGGGCCUUGGAGUCUCUGCCACCGACUUAUGAUGCCACCACUAAAGCAAACUACAGACGUCUAAUUAGCAUCUACGGCACUCAUUAUAUCACCAAAGCAGAUGUAGGUGGCAAAGUGCAAGAGGUCAACGCCAUCAAGACCUGCCAAGUCACCAUGGAUGGCAUGUCCAUGGAGGAGCUGAAAGAUUGUCUUAACGUUGAGGCUUCAGUUUCUGUCAUAGGGAAAGGUGAAGCAAAUUCCAAAGUUAACGCCUGCAAGGAACUUAGCCAAAAAUCCAACAGGGGGGAGAGUUUCCAUCAGACGUUUAAUGAGAAGAGUUGGGAGGUGAGAGGAGGGAAGAUCAAAUUUGAGCAGCUCUCCUUUGAUGUAAAGAAUGCAGACGUAAACGCUUUCAAGGCCUGGAUGGAAAGCCUAAAGACUGACCCCGAUAUCAUAUCCUACUCUCUGGACCCCAUCCACAACCUGGUUGAAGCCAACAGACCUCAGAGACAAAGCCUACAGAAAGCCAUCAGCGCGUACAUCUUGGAGAAGGCCCUGCAUAGGAGCUGCUCUUGCCCAUCGGGUUCCCAGCUGAGUCCUGGUAAAGAGUGCAACUGCGUUUGUCCUACUGGUGGAGGCCAAAAUAUAAACUGUUGCCCCGCAAAAAGGGGAUUUUCCAAAGUGGUGGUCACUAUACAACGUGCCUCAGGCCUUUAUGGGGACUACGGUUCACAGACUGAUGCCUAUGUCAAAAUAAGUGCUGGGUCGAGUUCUGCUCGGACAGAGACCAAAUGGAACAACGAUAAUCCAAAAUGGAACACAAGGAUUGACCUCGGAGUUUUGGAACUCAGUCCAGGGUUUAGCGUGAAGGUGGAGGUUUGGGAUGAGGAUAAUAAAUAUGAUGAUGACCUGCUUGGAAAAUGUGAAAAAAAAAUCAACAGUGGUGUGAAGGACGAGGUUUGUUACCUUGACAAUGGUAGUGUGACUUUUACAGUGAGUGUACAAUGCCUCCCCCACCUGGCUGGGCCCCUUUGUAAGGACUAUGCUCCUUCCACUAGUUAGACACGUCUUCUAUAGUCCAGCCACUGACUUUAGGAAGAACUCUGAACUCCAAAAACACUUUACAUAGUUUGUUUGGGCCAAGCUGGCCCAAACUAUGUCCCUCACUAACCUGUGAGGCCACUGGGAGUGUGUUCUGGGUGCGAGCGGAGACUUCUGGCGGGCUGAUGAUGUCACUACCUCUGAUUCAGCCAUUUAGGCUGCAUUCACACCUGAACGCGGCGUAUUGUACCGC